UUACCAAAGCUAGUGCAGUUUAAACAUCGACUUUCCAAUUUCUGAAUGCACACAGUCGUGUUAACAUAGCUUCAACAUGCCUGGAAAAUUCCAGCUCCCACGACAGAAGUCUCUGAUCGCGCCUAUGAUCAGAAAUCCGUUCAUACAUGACCUUCGUCUUUCAACAUGGGACAAGAUCCAGAUUGCAGUUGGAAGUGUGACAAUAGCCCCAAUACGUUUCCUGUUCCUGUUGCUACUUCUGGUACUGUCAUGGCUGAUAGCAAUCAUUGCAACUGCCGGCAUGGACACAUCCAAACCCAUGACUGGCUGGAGCAGGUUUUGCAAGAGGGUACUCGCUCUUAUGGGUCGCAUUAUGUUUUUCUUCAUGGGCUUUCACAAUAUUAAAAUCCGGGGGAAGCCUGCCCCGUCUUCAGAGGCCCCCCUCAUGACUUGUGCUCCACAUUCCACCUACUUUGACAUCAUCACCAUCUUUAUCGGAGAGGGAUUGGCCAGUGGUGUGUCACGGAAAGAGAAUUCUACCAUACCUUUGAUAGGAGCCCUGACAACAUCCACCCAGCCAGUGUUGGUUGACAGGGAAGAUCCAAACUCCAGAAGAAACACCAUUGGGGAGAUCAAGAGAAGGGCACAGUCUGGAGGUGCAUGGCCGCAGGUCAUCAUCUUUCCUGAAGGCACCUGUACGAACCGGUCCUGUCUUAUCAACUUCAAACAAGGAGCAUUCUUCCCAGGUAUGCCUGUUCAGCCAGUAGCCAUCAAAUACCCAAACAAACUGGACACAGUUACAUGGACUUGGCAAGGGCCUGGAGGAUUGACAAUCCUUUGGUAUACAUUAUGUCAGUUCCACAACAGACUGGAAGUGGAGUUUUUGCCUGUGUAUUAUCCAAGUGAAGAGGAGAAAAAGAAUGCCAGGCUAUAUGCCAUCAACGUGCGGGCUAAAAUUGCAGCUGUGCUGGAUAUCCCCAUCACUGACCACACGUUUGAUGACUGCAUGCUGAUGGUGGCAGCAGGGAAGAGUGACAUGCCCAUGGACGCAGGGCUGGUGGAGUUCCAGAAACUCAAAGAGAAGCUGGGCCUUAAACUGGAGGACAUGCGCCAACUACUGAAGAAGUACAGCAGCAUUGCUGGCAAGGAGUGUGGGGUGAUCGGCAUUGAUGACUUUGCCAAGCACUUGAACCUGCCUGUCACAGAGCCUCUGAAGGAGUUGUUUGCCAUGUAUGACAGGGAUGGCACAGGAAAGAUUGACUUCAGGGAGUAUGUCAUUGGCCUGUCAGUGGUGUCCCAACCCGCUAACACAGAUGAAACCUUACAGAUGGCUUUUAAGCUGUUUGACACAGAAGGCAAUGGUAAGAUCACAGAAGAAAGCCUGGCAGCGAUUUUGCGCAGUGCAUUCAACAUGGAGAAGAUGGACAUUUCCGAUCUCUUCAGAGCAGUGGACACAAAUGGGGAUGGGUUUAUUACUUAUGAUGAGUUUGAAGCUUUUUCCAAAGUCCAUCCUGAGUAUGCUGGUCUGUUUAAGACCUACCAGGAUCUGAAGCGUGAAGAAGAACUAGCAAGUGUUGAAGAAGAGAUGGAAAAUCUUGAAGAGGAUAGCAGUAAUUUGGAAGUGUCGGGAAGUGCGUUGGAAGGCAAGAAGGAUGCUUGACAUGUGUCAUAGUCACUGGUGUACUGGGGCAAUAUUUUGUCCCUUAGAUGUUGCCACACUGCGGUAAAAAUUUAGGAAAACUUUACAAGUUUCUACAAAGCAAUAAGCUGCUACAUGGGCAGCAAGGCUCAAAGAGUACAAUAUACAGGCUUCACUAUAUAUUACUACAGCUAUUCUCAGACUUCUAUUCCAUAAAAGAAUUGAGACAAUGAGAAAAAGAAGUCUCUUGUUUUCAGCAAGGCUUUGUACAUUGCUGUGCACAUUGCAGUUUUUACUAUAUGAUAUUUUCUUGCUUUGCUUGCUUUUUAAGGUUAUUUGCAGUGCAUAUACAUUGAGAAAUAUAUAUGUGUUUUGUUGAAAUGACUGAAAAAGUGCUACUGCUGCUAUUUAACUUUUUAUUCUUCUUUAAAUUAGUGUUCAUUACCUAAGUUUAACUUUGCAAAGAAACGUUGUGUUGGAGUAAAUGUUGCGCUUAUUGUGUAAAAGCCAUGUAGUUAGUGGGGCUGAUAGCCCAUGCAUAUAUAGUUUGAUACUAUUGCCAUCUUGAGAUAAAACACAGGGGUAUUGUCUCAGAAUAUAACUCUACAGGUGAAGUGCGGUUAUACUGGCUAUACAGAUACAGAGAAGGUAUACGUCAAUAAAUAUAUAUAUAUAUGGAUUCAGUCAGUCUGCAAAAGGUUAAGCUACAUGUAGAAUACCGGUAGUAUUUACAGUUGUAUUUCCUAUAACAAAACAAGGGGUAAGGGAGAAGUGCAACAGCCUGCAACAUUACAAUGCAAACUAGCUUCUGCAGUCAUUGAAUCAGUUCCAUAACUUUGACCAUACAUAUACCGGAAUGCAGGUUAUGUCAGGGUGGAGACUUAUUAUAGAAACACCACAUUUUAGCCCUUGCCAUUGUUUUUAUGCUGAUGUGAUGAUAUGCACUUUUUUCUAUUUUACGAUCAUUAUAGAUUGUAUAUAAUGAGUUUCGAACUUUGAUGGUUCUGAUUAGCAAGCCAAAUACAAUGCACAGGGUGUGUAUACAUUUUGCAAAUACAUGUGCACAACAGAAAUAUACUGUAUGUCUGGGUUAGACUUCUAACUCAGAAUUUAGUUUUAGGACUAAGGCAUUAUUAGUAGCAUUGUUUUAUACAAAGCAUGUUGUAUUUGUUUUUGAAAUGUUUGCAUGUAUUUAUAUAAUAACAUGUAUCAAUGUUUUGAGGGUUUCCAGGUUUUUGUCACUGCAGAAGGUUAUAAGGAAAGCACACAAUAAAAGGGAGCUAUUUUGUA